GGCAGCCGGCAGCCGGCAGCCCAGGGCUUUGCACACGCUGGAGGAACUCAGCAGGUCGGGCAGCAUCCGUGGAAACGAACAGUCAACGUUUCGGGCCGAGACCCUUCGUCAGGAGUGAAGAGGGAGAGGAUCUGUCUUGGACCAGGAUAUUCUGGCAAAAGAAUACAUUAACAUGGGAGGAAUUAUUGGCUCUGGAAUGUUGAUGAUCUUCCCGGCAUGGGUGAUGCUGAAGUUGCGGAAUAGGAAUGAAUGUAUCAACUGGAAUGAUCCUUGUCGAUGUUCAUCACCUUGCUGUCAAGCCUGCACUCACUGUGGCCCUUGUGACUGUCCCAAGUGCCUAAAAUGCCAGUCAUCACAGCUUUGCCGCACAUGUAUCUGCAGGCCCUGCCGGGAGAUUCUGCCCUUUGCCGCCUGCAAGACUUGCCCUGAAUGUAAAUUUGAACUCUGUGCUUCCUGUCGUGGCUAUAACUUCAAGACCUGCCCCAAAUGCAAAUUUGCCCCUUGUGCUUGCUGUCGUGACUACUCCUGCAAGACUUGCCCCAAAUGCAAAUUUGCCCCUUGUGCUUGUUGUCGUGAUUACACCUGCAAGACUUGCCCCAAAUGCAAAUUUGCCCCUUGUGCUUGCUGUCGUGAUUACACCUGCAAGACCUGCCCCAAAUGCAAAUUUGCCCCUUGUACUUGCUGUCGUGACUACACCUGCAAGACCUGCCCCAAAUGCAAAUUUGCCCCUUGUGCUUGCUGUCGUGAUUACACCUGCAAGACUUGCCCCAAAUGCAAAUUUGCCCCUUGUGUUUGCUGCCGCGAAUGUACCCUCAAGACGUGCCCCAACUGCAAGAGUGCCCCUUGUGCUUGCUGUCGUGAUUACACCUGUAAGACCUGCCCCAAAUGCAAGUGUGUGCCUUGUGUUUGUUGUCGUGACUGUACCUGCAAGAUUUCCCCUGAAUGUAAGUGUGCCCCAUGUGUUUGCGGCUACGACUGUACAUGCAACACCUUCCUCCAGAAACUCGGUGGAUGUCUGGGAGUCAUCUUUCAACUCUGUCAAUGCCCAGACUGUAGCUGUUGCUCUCUGGAUACCAGCAAGUGCAGGCCAGGCCAUUGCGACAGAAAAUCCCCGAUCUACGUUCUAAUCUUCAGUAUCAUGGGAGUGAUGGGAGCUGCUUAUGGCUUCAUUGUGUCAUCCAUGGCAUUGGAAAUUGGUCCAUUAUGCCGUGUAACACAGCUGGGAGAAUGGACGCAUCCUUUCAAUAGAGGGGAUUACCUAGAUAAUUCUGGCCUAUGGAUCAAGUGUUUGGAGCCGGAAAAUGUGAUAUUUUGGCACAUCUUGUUAUUCUCCAUCCUGCUGGUGAUCAGCAUUGUUGAAUUCAUCAUCUGUGUCGCACUACUCAUUAAUAUUCUACUCACUAUAUUCUGUGGAAAUAUAAAUUGUUUCAAGGGCCAAGAUCUUGACUAACUCCAGGCUGAAGUGCAUUCUACUUGUGUCCACAAACUUUUCUCUUUUUUGUCACUUUUUUUGUCUGAUUCUAUCUAUUUUGACAAUUGUGAGAUGAGCGUAGGAAAGGCUAUAUGCUUCAGCAUAUCAACAUUUAGAGAGGAUGCAUGGGAGCUUUAUAAAACAUUAGGAAAGAUGAGUUUUGGGGUCAGUCAUGAUAUACACAAGUAGUGAGGGAAGAAAAUAUUGCAUCUUUGGUGAUAAUCUUCAUGUCCUCUCUAGCCUUAGGACUCAUGCCAGAAAAAUGGAGGAUGGCAAAUGUUAUUGGAUUGUUCAAGAAAGGAUAUAGGGAUAAUGCUGGGACUUAUAGGUCAGUGAGGUCAACAACCAUGGUGAGCGAGACUUUGGAGAGGAUUAUUAGACAAGAUUUAUGAGGAAUUGGAGAAGCAUACCUAGAUUAAGGAUAAUCAGCGUAGUUUUCUAAGUGACAGGUCAUGGCUUAUGAGACUGAUUGAACUGUCUGAGGAAGUGACAAUCAAAUUGAUGAACAUAGAGCAGUAGACAUGGUGUAUAUGCAUUUUAGUUAGGUGUUAGAUUUAAAAAAUAUGAAAAUUAUGCUACAUAUUUCAAAGGGUAUAAAAAGGAGCACAUGACAAUAUUCUCAAACUGUGAGUAGUGCCUGGUGGUAGAGGUUGGGAGGAGAGAGAGGAAAAGAAGUUCCCUCUGGCAGUUUAGUGUGCAACAUGAAUUAGUGAUUGGGUGAUAAAUAUUAUUUAGUGUUUUUCAGUACAUUAAAUACUUUUUGUUCUUUCUUUAUUCUUUAUAUUGAUCCAAUAAAGUAAUUUAUUAUAACCUUGAGUCCAAGGUUAUGCUUGUAGAUACUUGCUGCUGAAUCCAAAAAGAGCAAAGAACAGAUUUUAAAAUAUUUUCAUUAAACGUCUCUCAGCCAAUAUCACAAGAUCAAUUAUCAGCUCAUGGUUGUGUUGUAGUUUGUGGAGUUUACAUUGGAUGUAAGUGCACUUUACACCAUAAAGUAUUUUGGAGAAUCUGAGUGUAUACUGGUUUAAUUAGUUUGAUUUGCUAACAACACAGGAAUCACGGAAAACAAAAUGACUCACCUUUAAAGUCUGAGGUAAAAGAGGGAUUAUUGAAUACCUGCCCAUAUUUUGGACUGCUCUUCUCAAUCAGAGGUCCUUUCAGUGAGGUUUUACAGCUUCUGCAGAAUGCUUGCUCCUCUCUCCUUGUGAAACCCCUUUCUGCUAACUCAAUGGCUGGUUGCAGGAUCUCAGAGAGAGCUUGGGGGCAGAUGAACGCCAUUAGAAAAUGCAGCACGGUGAAUUAACCCUUCUCCACAGAGGGACAGAUCAAUCCUCCAACACCACCUCCAGGAAAAGAAAGCAGCAGAUUAAAGUUAUUGGAUCACUGAGUGACCAUAUCAGGUCCUGAAGGAAGAGAGAGAAGUGCAGUAUAUAAUUAAUGUGAUAAUUCCUAUCAUAAAACCAUCCCUGUGAUUAACUCAACAGAUGGGAAUACAUGGAUCUCUCCUGAAAUCAGAGUUCACACUCCAUUUACUGUUGCUCCUCACUUACAGCUGUAUAUAGAUCUGGUACUGCCCUCAUCCCAUGAAGUGUUUGAUUAAAACUACCCUCUGCACAAAGAGGAUGAUAAAGUGUAGAUUAGUUAAACAGGCUUGUCCUUGUUUGGCAUGGAUUAGUGGGUCUGAAAAGGCCUUUCAGACCAACUUGACAAGAUACCCACUGAAGUUAGUCCCACUUGCCUUGUAUUUCUCUAAACUUUCCAAUCCAUAUACUUGUUCAAAUGUCUUUUAAAUGUUGUCAUGGUACAUGCCACAAAUACUUUCUCUGGCAGUUUAUCACAUAAAUGCCCCAUCAAUGAAAAAAUUUGCCUCUGAAGAACCUUUCAAAUCUUUACCCCUCUCUCCAUAAAUCUAUGCCCUAUAGUCUUUGGUUUCUUCUCACUGGGGGAAAAAGGAUGGACAGUGUGAACUGAGGGGCUCAUUCUGUGUGGUAUCACUCAAUGUACCUACCUUACUCGGGCGAAGAUAAAUGAACCUAUG